AUGGCUGCGUGUGCCGGACAAGAGGAGAACUGGGCUCAGAAAGGAGGUGAGCAGCGUCCUCAACACUGGGACCAAGAGAAGUCACGCCGUCAGCUUAGAAGACAUCCGGACUGGCGGAUGGACGGUCACCGACCGGUUACUAAACUCGCUCGUCGUCUUUUGCAACUACAAUGGCCAUUUCUGGCUUAUCAGCCGUCAUCAGCCAGCCACAAUAAACCUGUUGUGGCACCCGAAGCUCAAACGCACGGCCAAUCGAUCAAAAGUAUAGCACUCAAACCUUUCAGCCACGGGUUCGUUGUCAUGCCGGAGUGUUCUUAUACCAAUGUUACCAGAUUCCGAUCUGAAACCAGUAAGAUAACGAGCACCUGA